AGAUAAAAGAGUCGAAGUUGUGUGAUAUGUGCCAAUAUGAGGAUGUCGUCGUUCGUGACGAUAACGAUGAUCAAAGUGUUGUUUGCUUGUGAUGGACGGACAAAAAAGUGAGCCAAAAAGGCAGCCGAGAAAAACAAGGUCGCGAGGUUAUAAAGAAUGAUAUAUCGUGGCCGAUGAAGAAGAGAAUACGAAUACAAGUGAAAGAAAGAGCGAGUGGCUUCGUCGAGGAAGGCGAAAAAAAUCGACGACGAGGCGGCAGCAGCAGCAGCAGCAGCAGCAGCAGCGACACAAGCAAAAAAAUCAACACCAGGUCUGAUGUUAGCGGAUAUUAACGGUAACCUGGCGGACCUGAGAAGCGAAGCGAUGGCGUCGCAGAGAUUUUGUCUGCGUUGGAACAACCAUCAGAGCAAUUUACUCUCCGUUUUUGAUCAAUUGCUUCAUGACGAAUCGUUCGUUGAUGUUACACUGGCCGUUGAGGGUCAGCUGCUUAGGGCGCAUAAAAUGGUCUUGUCGGCGUGCAGUCCUUAUUUUCAGGCUCUAUUCGUUGGUCAUCCUGACAAGCACCCUAUAGUUAUUCUCAAGGACGUCCCAUAUGUGGAUAUGCGAAGUCUUUUAGACUUCAUGUAUCGUGGUGAGGUGAGCGUCGAUCAGGAUAGAUUAACCGCUUUCCUGAGGGUCGCUGAGUCUCUAAGGAUAAAGGGUCUGACCGAAGUGAAUGAGGACAAGUGCGAUUUGCCCAGCAUCACGUCAUCACUUCUUGGCAAUCAAAACACAAUACCUCCACCACCUCCGAACCUUCACCGAAUAAACCAAAUCGGACCUCAUCAUCAUGUAUCACAAAAGAGGUUCCAUCAUAUGUCGAACCAUCCGCUUCUUGGUUCAGCGUUAACAGCGCCAAAGAGAAAAAGGGGUAGGCCGAGGAAGUUGAGCGGCUCCUCGGACACGCCAAUUGGCGAAGCUAGUACUGGGCAGGACCUACAAUCUUGUUCGAGUACUGAUCUUGUGCAAGGUUCACCCGAAAUGAUGGAGAUGAAGAUGGGCAUCGAUUUCCAGAGCGAGACAACUGGCAAUAAUAGGAGUGGUUCUUCGACUAGUAGCAACAAUGUCAACAGCAACAAUAUCAGUAAUUCGGCCUCGGCGGCGGCCAAUUUGGCUGCCAGUUCGUUGUCAUCUGCGAGAAAGGACGAACCAACGGAAAAUGGUACAGAGACUCACGAAUCGUUAACGCCUAGAGUUAAGAGAGAACCAGAACCAACGCCCAGUACUUCUGCGCAAGCCUCAGAAGAAACCUUCGCGCGGCCGCAUAGUAGACAAGGGAGCGAAAGUUUCAAACAAGACUCGGAGGAAACGUCGAGUGGCUGUGGUUCGCAAUCGCCGACGCAUAUACGCAUCAACUUUGAAAAGUGCUUUCGCAAGGAGUACAGCGCGUCGAGUCUUCAGGGCAAAUCGGCUACGUCUGCGGCGACGGCGGCGGGGGAGGAUCCCCAACAACAUUCCGACUCGGAGUCGGAGCAGAAAAUGUCGAAAGACAAUCUGAGCAGUGCCAUAUUUAAUCUGGUCGCCGGCGAGUCGGAGAUCAGUCAGAGCGACUUCGAGGGUUCGUUUAAGGUCGAAAACGAGAGAACGGAGGGCUCGGUGCGAGACUUUUGCGUUAAGGAGGGCGACGUUUAUCGGUGUACCGUAUGUCAUCGUACCUACACACACAUCAGCAACUUUUGCCGGCACUACGUCACCUCGCACAAGCCUAACGUCAAGUACUAUCCGUGUCCGGUCUGCUUCAAGGAGUUUACAAGAAAGGACAACAUGGUCGCCCACGUUAAGAUCAUUCAUAGUCUUAAGCCGCAUAUGAAUGUCAGUAAUAGUGGUAGCAGUAGCAUGGGUCAGCAACGGUAGGCCACUACCAAAAAUGGCCAUGAUUCGGAAAUCGUUCAUUGCGAUAAUCUCCUGCUGUUGCCUCCUCUCUGCGAGCUGUCGCAUCAUAAACUAGGCCGCAUCAUCGAAUAUGCGAUAACAAGAGGAUAAGAAAUAAGAAAAUGAAAAUGAAGAUGAAGAAAAUGAAAAUAAUGGAGUCGCAGAGAGGAGGCAGAAUGCGAUCAUUAAAAUCGCUUCUGCCGACACGAGAAAUAAUCCUUAAAUGGAAAGAAAAACAAUGUUCUCGCGAGAUUAGGUCGAUUGAAGGAUUCUGGUAGUAGUUUUGGAAAAAGAAGAAUCAUGCUUAACUGUUUCAUGAGAGUGACACAAAAGAUGAAAAGAUGAAUAUUUAAAGAAUUAUUAUGGCUGCCUUGGACGAAGUUAUAUGGUUCGAAAGAAAAUCCUUUCUAGCGUGAUUUUAGUUGAGGUUUAUAGCUUUCUUCAGAUUUAUCGUCGAGUAAAAAGUUGUAACGAAGAGAACAGAUCGUAUAUAACGAGAUCGAAGGGCUCUACUUUCUUGAAAAGAAAAGUGGUGAAAAGAUAGAAGGGGAAAAAAGAAAUAUUAAGCACGCGUGGAACAUUUAAAGUUACAAAACGAACGAGCUUUACCGCAUAUCUCCCUCGUAGGGAUUUAGCGGAUUAUACACAGAUGAUUAUAUGAAUUUAACAAAGAAAAAUUUAUUAUUAUAUUAAAAUAACAACCGUUCGACUCAUGGCGUCACGUCAACGUGAGUUACACGUUGUUUGGCGGCGGCCAGAGAAUGCGGUUAUAAAAUAUAAAAUACGAAGUGGGGAUUGGGGGGAGGGGGGAAUAAGUGUUGUAUAAAAAUCCAAAAGAAACAAAAAAGUGUAACGAGAAAGAAAAUACUAAUUGCAGAAAGAGAGUAUAUUUACUACUUGAGAGACUUAGUAUAAAAAUAAUAAUUACGCAGAAAGAAAAUCAAACGUGUUGUACGUGUAGUAGUUGAUACAUUUCUAAAAGAAUAAUAACAUGCGCUUAACACGAGGUUAUAUAUAAAACACGAUCGUUUUGGAUGCAUAAGUACGCGAUUAUAAGUAAAUAAGGGAACCACGUAGACUGAGUAAAUGCAAUAUUACGUACGAUGACCGUUCGCCUCCAUGUUGUUGAGUCGUUUGUGGAUGAGCUUCUUCGGAAAACUCGGUUUAUCGCAGUUUAUCGCGGUUUAUCGUUAGUAGCGCACGUAAUUCUUAUCGAUGAUAAAAUAUAGAAAGAGAUAGAGAGGAACUAAGGCAGGAGGGUAAGGGAGUUGUGAAGCGAGCUAUAAACGUCGUUACGCGAUAAGACGUGUGACGUGUAUAAUAAGAGAGACCGGGGUUUUUGAAGAGGUGGUGGAAGGCAGAAGGAAAUAUCGAACGACAAAUUUUUGGAGCGGGGCAUGCAAUUUUUUUGAAAGACUGUAGAGGGACGAUUUUAACGACACCAAAUACAAGAUAGUACUGACAUUGGAUAGACUGAAGGCACUCUAGUAGUAACUUAACGCCGUGCCAUGCUGUAUCGUACCCGAUCGAGCUAUGCACGUCGUCGGUCCGUCGUCGCCGUCAUCGUCCGGGCUGACGACGAUUGAUCUUUACGAAGUCUGUGCGCGUCUCAGGGCAUGUUAUUAAGAUUUAAGUAUAACCGCGCACGCGUGUGUAUGUGUGUGUGUGUGCGUGGCGUUCCUGUUCUCGCUUAUAUCUUCUUAAAAUAGAGGACGAAUGGGGGAGGAAGGGAGCUUGGAAACAAAAAGGAAAGAUAUAGUGGAUGAAAUUGAAGAGAUAUCAAGAAAGGAAACAAAAUUUACUAGUCUAUCUGUAGAAAAUUUAAGAUCGCUUACAGGAAAUAAAAUAAAACAAUCGACGACUGUAUUUUCUAUAUACAUUAUAUUAUCUCGAGUAAUUUCAAUGUCGCGUUUUUAAAAUAUUCUUGAGUCGUGUUUUUAGAGGAAACGAACCUUUGGAGACUGACUUACGUUUUUGAUUUAUUCAAGAUAGUAGCAAUGGAAGAAAAAAGGAGGAACAAAAAAUAAGAGUAGAAAUUUAAUCCUGAAGAUUGCUCGAAUGUGGUAAAAAAAAAUGAAAAUUGAGAAAGAAAUUGAGAUCCUUUACUCAAAAGUAACAUAUUUUGUCUUUGAAAAAUUCUUGGAGCUUAGAGCUGGAAUAGGAUUCGAGGGUGAGAGAUAGAAGAUAUGUACGCAAUCGCGAGAGCUUUGAAAACAAAAAAAAAGAAGGAAAACAAACAAAAGAAAAACAUUUUUAAAUAUUUGGCCGAAAGGGUUACGACUAUGGCAAUGGUGUAUAGGCUUAGUCACGAGAAAAAAGCACUAAAAUAUACAAUCGUAGUUGUAAUGAAAUAAUAUUUUGCACGUUACACUCUAACGGGGCUCUCUCCAGCCAAUAUCUGCGUUCGUGGUUGGCCAGUUCCGCAAACGGAAAUCUGCCUUACACGUGGACGACGACAACGACGACGACAACGACAACGACGACGAUAACGACGACGACAACGACAAGGACGACGACGAUGACAACAACGACGAUGAAUCGUUUGUUGUUACGCGGGAGAGGGGACCGAGACGAUGAUUUGUAUACAAAUUUUUCUCUUUCUUUUUUUUUCUUCUUUUCUUUUUUUUUUUUCCUUUUUAUUUUUUCAACUAGUUGGACAUAGACGUUAGACAAGAUUAGAGGCUAUACGAUAGUAUAAUUACAAUAUUACAGCUAUUAAUUAAUUAUUACGAUAACCGAAACCUUCUCCGUUGUUACUUUAUAUACAUAUAUAUAUAUAUAUAUAUAUAUAUAUAUAUAUAAAGAAAUAUAUAUAUAAAUAUAUAUAUUAAAAAAAAAAAGAGAAAAAACAGAUAAGAACAAAAUUAAAACGCUCGCAUGAAAAUGUAGCGGUGGUAAUAGAAUGACGACGGGAUUAGAUAGUUGUACUUGAAAAUUUCUACGCUGUCGCCCACGAUUGCGACCAGUGUUACUGUUCGUGUUCGUUCGUUAUAUUCGAGAGAUAUCAAGUGUUUAGAAAGAUUAAACAAAGAAAAAAGGAUGGAAAGAAGAAAAACGAUAGAGACGAUUAGAAAUCUAGGAGGGAGAGAUAAAAAUAAUAUAAGAGGAUAUGAAUUAUAUAUGUAUAUAUAUAUAUAUAUAUAUAUAUAUUAUUAUUAUUAUUAUUAUUAUUAUUAUUAUUAUUAUUAUUAUUAUUAUUAAAAAUAUUAGAAGAUAUCGCCGCCAGAAAAGUAUAACAAGAAGAACGAAUUAGAUUUUACCAUGACGUUAUGCUUUCGAUAGGAGGCAAAUGAAAAAAAAAAAAUAGAAAACAAAGACGAGUAACGUAUAGGAAGAUAGAAAAUGGGAAUAUCGGGCUGAAACGUGUCGUCGCGUAUGCACGUGUGUUUUCCAUAUUCCGUAUUUCUUGGGCUCGAUUUUGUAUCACGAGAAUAUAUUUGAAACUUUCAUGGACCAAAGAAUAACAGCUAUCACCGUCGAUGGUGUGUGUGUGUUUAUAGAUUGAUGGAUUUUUAAAGGUAGAGCUUAAGAUCGUUUUCGUUCUUUGAAAUAUAGAACUACUUCGUCGCCUGAAAUUGAAAUAUUUCGUCUUGGAAACACGAUUACGGUCAGACUUGAACAAAAAGGGAAAAAAAGGAAUCGCUUUAUGUUUGAGAGAUGGGUCAAAGGUAACCCGUCCAAAGUGAUCGUUGUUUAUGGUGGUUAGCGAAUGGGAGGGAUAGGGGAUCUAAAAAAUAGAUGGAAAAGAUAUAAAUUGAUAUUUGUUCGUACAUACAUACACAUAUAUCAAUACACACACACACACACACACACACACACAAAAUACAAAAAGUGCAAAAAGGCAGCGGCUAGACAGCUUAUAUCGAUUAAUAAAGUAAAACGAAGAAAAAGAAAUAACAAAAAAAGAAAAGAGAGA